AUGAGUUAUUAUGCAUAUAAUGCAAAUUUAUCUGGUAUGAGAUUGGAUCAAUAUGAAGAAGCAGAGAUGGAUCAACAGACUCAAGUGGUGAUGAAACGAAUUGAAGACUGUUUGCCGACAUGUGUCAUUUGUGGAGUUAAAUUAAAUCCACUCUAUGUCUACAAACAUUUAGUGCAUUGCCAACUGGUGUUGGGUAUGGCCUUGGAUACCAUCUUUAAGGACACUGUCGAUUUAAAAAAUCAACUAUCUCAAUCUCAAGCAAUCGUCAGAGAAAAGGAUUCACAAAUUGAACAACUCCAAAAACAACUUGGUCAACAACAUCUUGGACAACAACCAGACCAACAACAACAACAACCAGAAUGUGUCAGUCUUGCCAAAGAAGAAGAUCCUGAUCCAGAACCAAAGUUUGUUUUAUAA